CCCUCGCUGCGAGCUCCGAGUCCGCGACUCCCACUUGACUUGACGAUCCGUCCAUCGCCAUCUGAGAUUGAGCGACCUUUCCUCUUGCUCCUCCUCCAGUUCCUCCUCUUGCUCCUUCUUCCUCUCGUUCUAGAGCAACAUUACCAACAAUCGAUUCAUUGCUCUUCGACCACUCACAGCUUGGCAAUCUGAUCCAUCGGUGGAACACACUCCUCACACCGUGUCUUUACUCAGGGUUGCGCAAGAGGUGGGGGCAGCAUUACCAGCAGCAUCAGAAUGUCAUUGUCAUCUUGUUGAAGUUGGAUGUGGAACGCGGUUGAAAGCCCUUAAUGGUGUUAGCUAGUAGUGUGUGCGCCGCGGGUGGAGUAGUUGGUUACUGUACUGUUGGUUUUUCUAAUUAGUGAUGUGAAGGUCAUCAUAAUGGUAGAGGAGUGGUGCUUGGCGCCUCUUCGUCUGGAAGCUUAGAAGGAUCUAGCCAGGGUCUGUUGAAUUCCGAUUACCAGAAGUUGGGUGGCCGAGUGUGGAGACGUAAAUGUCGUGGUCUGUGGAGUGUCGUGGUGCUUGUGGGUGCAAGUGACGCCGUGUCGGAUCGCUGGGAGGUUUUAUUCCAUUUUUUUCUUCAUUUUACUGAGGGAGGAGUGAAUAAGUUGUAGUUCUUGUUGGACUUAGUGUUUGGGUUCUUGCAACCGCGAGGGGAUCGUAAUCCACCGGUAGGAGUGAAAAAAUCAGGGACAGAUAGAUGACUAUCACUCUGGCUAACAGUAGCCAUUUGGCUUUGAUGAAAUAUUUUUAACUGUGAAUAGCGCGGAUGCAAGCAAGGCAUUAUGUUUUGUGAGCAGUAAGGGUGUUGUUACGACUGCUGGAGACAAAGUGCGAGUAUUGAGUGUUCUUGGGUAUUACAAGGGUUUUCUUAGAAGCUGAGUGCAUUCUUUUAUCGCAUCAUCGUUGACAGUUGCAGGCUUUGCUUUCUGAGUGGGGCAGCCAGGUCUUUGCAGUCCUUAACACGGCAACAGCAGAAAGAGCAUAGCAGCGGCAGACAUCGCCGAAAGGUCCUUAAUCAACCUCAGUCCCAAGACGGCGCUGCCCCUGCAUUAGGAUUGAAAGUUAGUCGUUGCUGCAACCAUUUUUUUUUUGAUUUAUGCUCGGAGGCGCGUCACCGCAAAUCUCUUCUAUUUUUGGCCCAAUCAUCAGUCGCCCAUCCUGCUCUUAUUGCUUCACAACUAUUCUUUCCACAGCUGAUUUGUCAGGUUGAGGUACUAUUUACCUUGAUAAGGACCAUGCACAUAGAAGUGCCAAAAAUCAUUUGAGAACCUGCACUUUUACUGUCCGCUGAGGAAACCAGAGGCUCGUUGGGUUCGCUGGGCAUUCAAUCGAAGAUGCACUCAGAUUGCCUGAUCUCCGUCUGAACUCUGGAUCAACCUCUUUAAAGUUUGCUUCGAAGUCGAGAGGCCCCAGAUCUUUCCUUCUGAAAUUCUCCAACAGUUUUGGCAGCUAUUACGGCCCUCCAACCUCUUCGAUGGCGGUACUUUGCUGAUAGUCGACCUGCCGAUAGACUCAAAAUUUAGUAUUUGUGAGGCAGCUUACUACUUAACGGACUAGAACCGUGAGAAUUAUUCGCAUCCCAGAAUGGAUACCAAGCAAGGAUUGCCGACGCUGAACCAUUUGCUCCAGCAUACCCUUCGCAGGCUUUGCACCGAGUCACAGUGGGUUUAUGCAGUCUUCUGGCGCAUCUUGCCGCGCAAUUAUCCUCCUCCACAAUGGGAUUCUCAAGGUGGCAUGGACAGAUCCAAGGGCAACAAACGCAACUGGAUUUUGGUGUGGGAGGAUGGCUUUUGCAAUUUCUCAGCAUGUGCUGCUGGUGUAGCGAAAGACACAAGAGGAGGGCCUCCGUCUUACCCGGCUGCUCAGUCGAAGCAACGAGGCAACAGCGACGAAUGUGAAGCAAUGAGCCCCGAGCUUUUCUUCAAAAUGUCUCACGAAGUUUACAAUUACGGAGAAGGUUUGAUGGGAAAGGUCGCCGCUGACAGUAGCCACAAGUGGGUUUACCGGGAGCCGGUAGAGCACGAAAUUAGCUUCCUUUCUCCAUGGCACAGCUCCCUUGAUCCUCAUCCACGCACAUGGGAAGCGCAGUUUAAGUCUGGAAUCCAGACCAUUGCAGUGGUGGCAGUUCAGGAAGGUGUUCUUCAGUUGGGUUCCACUAAGAAGAUAAUGGAGGACCUGAACUUUGUACUUCACAUGCAACGGAAGUUCAACUACCUGCAAUCUAUUCCCGGGGUUUUUGUUCCACACCCAAUGUCAUGUGCAGGCAAGAAGCGACCGAAUGGCGAUGGCUCCCCACCAUCUGAUCGUAACAACUGGAUGCCAAUGGUAGGAUCCGACUACGACAGGCCUACGUCAAAUUCUCAUAUGACUGCUCGCUCGAUCGACCAGUUCUUGUCGCCACGAAUUGGCCCACAGCUAUGGCGCUCUCCAAGCGACACUACCGUACUCGGAGCGAAGCGGCCACCGGAUUCGGAGCCUCUGAUCUUGAAUUUCAAGGAUUAUCCCUACAAGAAUGGCAGCGAUGGAUUUCACCACCGGCCUGAAUGUCCAUCUCCCCCCAAAUCCUUGAACACCGGGCACAAUAGUCCACAAGGGGCAACGAGUCCAACCAUUCCCAACCUUCUUCCGUCAAUGUCAAGCUUGCAAGCUCUACUAUCCAAGCUGCCGAGCGUGACACCCACGGAAGGGGAGAGCACCUGCACAAGUACCAUGCCAACCACCAGUAGCUUCGAUGGGAGCACUACCUUCGUGAGCAGCAGUCGUCCUCCUGUCAGCCGGCCUGCCGUGACGAAACCCCCUGUGGUUGAUUCCAGGCCAAAUCCUUCCACAGAGAGUCCUUCAAUCGAGAAUGGCAACGGACACAUGCCGGAAGUUGUUUUGGCCAAGACGGAAACGGAACCAUUGCAGGAGAAGAUCGGCGCCGCUGUAAGCUCCUCCCCUAGCUCGGGCAACUCCGAUGUGGCUUCGGUGGAGCAUACAUCUGACGACACUGAGGGACACGAGGCUACGGGGACAUCGAAGUUCAAGGACAGCCACAAGUUCAGCAGCUCCUUUCUCGACACGUUCGACAACCUCGCCGACUUCGGUGCUCAUCUGGAAUCCUUGGAGACCGGUGACUCGUAUCACUCAUUCUUAAACGAGAUCUACAGAUGAUGAAGUCGUCGCCGUUGCCGUUACCGCCGCCGACCGACCAUCACACUCUGCAGAUAUAAAUCAUUGGCAGGCCCUGUACAAUUCCCCUGCUGAUUUCUCGUCCGACUGCAAACCAUCUGGGUGAAACCAGGACUUCACGAUUGAUGCAGCAUCAUGUAAGAUUUAAGAUUGAAUUAGCUCCUGGGGGACCUCCAUCAAGAAUGUAGAUCUCAUCUAGAUCAGCUAUUUGAUCCCGGGCUGGUUGCUUUGUGCUGUGCUGUUCAAUGAUUGCAAGGGGAGCAUGGAUCACGGUGCAGUGGCCUUAGCUUGCGGGACUUAGAAUUAACCGGGAUUUAUUGUACAGCUCUUUAGAUAGUGGGACACCAUUGAUUUCACAGUGCUCACUGACGCAAGUUUCCUUUCGUGUGUGGUGUGCUUUACCGAUUUAGACGAUUGCAAAUUGGUAGAUUUUUGUGCCAAAGGCGUGCAGAGCACACAUACUUGAUUCAUCAUUUUCCUUUCAUUCGAAUUGCCUCUCUUAAUAUCCAUUUCUGACAGCCUACGUAGCCUGGUCUACAGCGCUUUGGUCGA